ACUUGGAUCUUAUCGCCUUGAUUCACAGAUCUUCUCCACCUCUAUCUUUAGAGUUCUUCGAGAUGGGAUCAGCUCACAGUCAGGACGAUCUAAAGAUCUGUGAAUCAGACGAGGAAGAAGAAGAGUUGGUGGACGAUACCUUUGGUGAUCGUCCUCUAAAAUCUCCUUCAUCACUAGACGAAGUUGAAUCAAAGCUCAGAGCCUUGAAGCUGAAAUACCCAUCAACGGAGCAAGCAACUCCGAACUCGGUUGAUCUUUUGCGCUACAUCAAUGGAAACACUCCCAAAGCCAAAUGGAUCACAGCUGAAAAUUUCACCUCUUACUGCUUCGUCAAGACAUACGACGAAGAUGGAGGAGGAGAUUCGGAGAAGGAAUGGUGGGUUCUCAAGGUCGGGAGUAAGAUCCGAGAGAAGGUCUCGGACGAAAUGCGAAUGAAGGCAUGUAAAGAUCAAAGAGUUGAAUUCGUUGCUAAUGGUGGAUACUGGGCGUUGAGCUUCACGGCCGCCAGCGGUGAAGACCUCACCGCCGCCUUUGUAAGCAGCUUUAACAAUUGCUUGUUUGAGAACAAUCAUGGUGUUGAGUUGAACGAAGCUGGUUUAGCUAGCAUCUUUGAGAAAGAUUUCAUUGGGUGGGCCAGUCCUGAAGCUGCUGCUGAUGAUUCCAUGUGGGAAGAAGCUGAUGAUAUUUUGCUUCAGAGCCCACAAUCCGCAACUCCAAAGGACCUUACUAAGGCUUUUGAGCAAGCUGCUACGAGUGAGGAGGGCAUACAUAGCUUAGCUCUAGGUGCUUUGGAUAACAGUUUUCUUGUGGGUGAUUCUGGUAUUCAAGUUUUCAAGAACAUGAGGCAAGGGGUUCAUGGGACAGGUGUUUGUGUUAACUUUGAGGCUGCUUACGGCUCAGCACGGAAGAAGAAGGCUCUUCUCAUGAGAGCUGAGACCAACUUGUUGCUCAUGAGUCAACAAAACCGAGGAAUCCAUCAGCUUGAUAUUGAAACUGGCAAGGUUAUUUCCGAAUGGAAGUUUGAGAAAGAUGGAGUGGAUAUCUCUAUGAGUGACAUUACUAAUGAUGGUAAAGGUGCUCAACUGGACCCAUCUGGAUCCACCUUUCUUGGUUUGGACAGAAACAGGCUUUGCAGGUGGGAUAUGCGUGACCCAUAUGGGGUGGUUCAGGAUCUUGCUACUGCGAAUAAUGCCCCACUAGUCUUGACUUGGGCUCAGGGGCAUCAGUUUUCUAGAGGGACUGACUUCAGCUGCUUUGCAACUACUGGUGAUGGCUCACUUGUUGCUGGCUCUUUUGAUGGGCAGAUUAGACUCUACACAAAAGGGGGCACUUUGAAGAAGGCUAUGACGGCUUUCCCUGGACUUGGUGCGCCUGUGACUCAUGUGGACGCUACUUACGAUGGGAAAUGGAUAGUUGGUACAACUGAUACGUAUCUGAUUGUUAUCUCUACCCUUUUCACUGAUAAGGCUGGUAAGACAAAGACUGGCUUUGAGGGUUCCAUGGGAAAUAAGAUGGCUGCACCAAGGUUGCUGAAGCUAACACCUCUCCACGCCCAUUUAGCUGGGUCCAACAACAAGUUCCGCAAUGCCCAGUUUUCAUGGGUAACGGAGGAUGGGAAACAAGAGCGUCAUGUUGUGGCAACUGUUGGCAAAUUCAGUGUGAUAUGGAACUUUCAGCAAGUGAAGGAUGGAUCUCACGAAUGCUACCAUGAGCAGGAAGGGCUGAAGAAAUGCUAUUGCUACAAGAUAGUCCUGAGAAAUGAAUCUAUUGUGGACAGCCGUUUCAUGAACGACAACUCUGCAGUCUCUGGUUCAUCUGAAGCGCCUCUGGUCAUUGCAACUCCCAUGAAAGUCAGCUCUUUCAGCUUAUCCAGCAAGAGAGGAAGCAAGCAAGCAAGUGCUUGA